ACUACCAGGUAUCGUGUGCAAACCCGGGGGCCCCUCGAUCCACACAACAUAUGCCGUUUUUAUUUACAAUCCGUGAUCAGUAGGGUGCAUGGUCCACAUAGUCUUACCAGAAGUUAAGCAAGGACAGUGUCCAGGAUGGCUCAACCUGAGAUGAUGACCAUUCGCCUUGUGCGACCCGACACCACUGUGUCCUGGGGAUUUCGACUUCAGGGUGGGAGCGACUUCAGCACGCCGUUGUCCCUACAAUCGGUAACAGCUGGCGGUGUAGCAGAAAGAAGUGGUUUAAGAGCGGGAGAUGGCGUCAUCUACAUCAAUGACGUCAACACAGAUACUCUUACUCAUGAUGACGCAAAAUCUCAGAUCAUCCAGUCAGGAAACGACAUUUAUAUGACAGUUCAAAGAGGGGCUGUAUCUGUAUGGGCUCCCAAGGUGACGCCAAUGUCCCAACUACGGCCCCAGGAAUUAAGGACCAUUAAAACAGCAACAGGAGAUGAGGUGCAGACUGUCCAAAAGACAUCCCUGGCACGGUCACAUCAACCUGACCCCCUUCACAUAGGAAGUGGAUAUAACAGGACACCAAAGUCCUUUAGCCAAGCUCCUCAGUCACCAAAGAAACCUGUCCCCAAUGUGGUUCACUGUCAGUUCAAUACCCCUAUUGGUCUGUACUCUGCCGAUAACUUGGCCAACACCUACAAGAUGCAGACAGCUGGUAUACAGAAGGAAAUGGAGAACCUUGAUGUAGAUGAUGCACCUGUGGGCACUCGAAUGACUGGAACCUACCAAAAAUUGGACUCACAAGGUGAUGAGGGUAGCUUAAAGGAAGGGCAUGAUUUGGAGGACGUAAACUCAUCUGAACUCCCACCUGUGACCUCGCCUGACCUCCCACCUGUGACCUCGCCUGACCUCCCGCCUGUCACCUCGCCUGACCUCCCGCCUGUCACCUCGCCUGACCCACCUUUUGAUCACCUUACUAAUACUGUUAAGAACGAUAGUCAGCCGAGUGGAUUCAAGUCUGUCCGACCUCCUGAUCCACAGCAGGUCAGUCAACAGCGCCCUCAGCAGCAGAGCAUGCAUUGUGGAGAGUGUGGUAACAUGGUUAUGGGUGUAUUCGUGAAGGUGCGAGGAGUCCCAUAUCAUGCCCAGUGUUUUAAGUGUGCGAAAUGUGGCAUAAACCUCAAACAGAAAGGCUACUUUGUGAUUGAGGACAAGCUUUACUGUGAAAUCCAUGCCAAACAGGUAGCUCAACCACCAGAUCCAAACAUGAAGGCAGUCCCAGUUUUCAGGUAACCAUCUAAUAAUCUCCAGGCCUGUUUUGUGUGAUGUACUCCUGACAGCUACAGCAGAAUUGUACCUGUGCCCUGCCAAUGGAAGCUGUGGACCUGUGAUGACUGUAUGAUAGUAGACUAAACAGUGUGGUUGCUGUUGAAGGAUGAUAAAUCUGUGCAGGAUCCUGACACUGUUAUCUUCCAAUGUCCUUGGCUGACCCCUGUGUGUAAACCCCCACCCCCUUACCCCUUACCUGAUGCUGAGACUGGGUGUGACAUUUGAAUUAAAAAUUGUGCCAGGGACAAAGAAGAACCAGAGUUCACCAGUGACCUAGAAGUAAAUUACACUGAGGAAAGCUCCUUGUCAGCAAGGUGGAUACCAGUAUCUGGCUAAUGAGGACAAGGCAGGGACAUUAGUCCUGGGCAUAUCAGAAAAGGCCCCAGAUAAUAGAGUCUGGUGUUCCUAGUCAGACAUGAUCAGACUCCAGAUGCUAGUCUGGUGUCCCUAGUCAGGUGUGACCAGCCCCAGAUACUACUGUCAGGUGUUUCUAGCCAGGUGUGACCAGGCCCCAGACGACACUAUCUGGUGUUCCUAGUCAAGCAUGACCAGGCCCCAGAUGAUCCUACCUGGUCUUCAGCUCCAGCUGAUACUGUCUUGUGUUCUAAGUCAGGCGUGACUGGCCCCAGAUGAUACUGCCUAGUGUUCCUAGUCAAGCAUGACCAGACCCCAGAAAAUACCACCUGGUGUUCCUAGUCGAGCUUGACCAGGCUACAGAUGGUACUGUAUGGAGUUCCUAGUCAGACAUGACCAGCCCCAGAUGACAUUGUCUGGUGUUCUAAGUCAAGCAUGACCAGGCCACAGAUGGUACUGUAUGGAGUUCCUAGUCAGACAUGACCAGUUCCAGAUGACAUUGUCUGGUGUUCUAAGUCAAGCAUGACCAGCCCCAGAUGAUAUUGUCUGGUGUUCUAAGUCAAGCAUGACCAGCCCCAGAUGAUACUGUAUGGAGUUCCUAGUCAGACAUGACCAGUCCCAGAUGACAUUGUCUGGUGUUCUAAGUCAAGCAUGACCAGCCCCAGAUGAUAUUGUCUGGUGUUCUGAGUCCAGCAUGACCAGCCCCAGAUGAUAUUGUCUGGUGUUCUGAGUCCAGCAUGACCAGCCCCAGAUGAUACUGUAUGGAGUUCCUAGUCAGACAUGACCAGCCCAUGAUGAACCUACCUGGUAUUCCUAGUCAAGCAUGACCAGCCCCAGAUGAACCUACCUGGUGUUCUAAGUCAAGCGUGACCAGCCCCAGAUGAUAUUGUCUGGUGUUCUAAGUCAAGCGUGACCAGCCCCAGACGAUAUUGUCUGGUGUUCUAAGUCAAGCGUGACCAGCCCCAGAUGAUACUGUAUGGUGUUUCUAGUCAGUGUCUUGUACUGUAUGUUGUACUUGUGUAGAUUUAUCUUUAUUUUUGAAUCGUUGAUAUUAUAUUGUUUUAUUUGAAAAUAUAUUUAUUUUAUAAUUGUACAAGUUGAAUAUUAUGAUAAUACUAGAUAUUUGUAUAAUGAUGUAUUUACUAAAUGGGCAUCACGGACAGAUAGUGAUAAAUGGAUAGUGUAGAACAUAAUAUCAGGGCUAAACAAAUAAAUGUUAUUGAGCUUGACAGGCUAAGGUAAAUUGAUAGAUAUCCCAGGGUUUGACAGGCCUCAGUAGUUUCAUAGUUAUUAUAGGACAUCAAAGGUAAAUAUAAAUGGAUAUAACAGGACUUGGAAGACCAUAGCAGGCCAAGGUAAUACUGUUGAUAUUACAGGGGUUCAAAAAGCUGUGAUAAUUAUGUUUGAAUUCCAAAUCAGGGCUUGACAUUUAAGGAUAUUCAUUAGAUAUUACAGAAGUUGACAGGCUAUAUUCAAUUAAUAUAUAUUUUAAUGGAUAUUACAGGACCCGAGAAGCCAGGGUUAUUUAUUGAAAAUUACAGAACUGUACAAGACAGGGUUAUUUAUUCAAGCCAGGGGUAUUUAUUGAAAAUUACAGGACUGUACAAGCCAGGGUUAUUUAUUAAAUAUUACAGGACUGUACAAGCCAGGGUUAUUUAUUAAAUAUUACAGGACUGUACAAGCCAGGGUUAUUUAUUAAAUAUUACAGGACUGUACAAGCCAGGGUUAUUUAUUAAAUAUUACAGGACUGUACAAGCCAGGGUUAUUUAUUAAAUAUUACAGACUUGACAGGUCAGCAAUUUAAUGAGUAUAAGAGGAUUUAUUGGACAUUGAUGAAAGAUAAGCAUAAUUUUUGUUGAUAUUAUGUAAUAUGAAUGGUUAGGGUAAUGUUAAAGGAUGUUACAGGAUUUGACAGACCAUGACAGGCCAGGAGUAAUUGAUAUUUCUCAUUAGACCAGGGUAAUUUAUAUUGUUAUAUUUAAUCUCAAUCGAAUAAUUACUUUUUCUUCACUUGUUUGAAAUCACUGCCAAAUAAAUUAACCAUUUACAUAUAUGAAGCAUUAUGACACUUGGCUUCUGCUUAUGUACAUACAAUGCAACUGAUAAACUAAAUGUCCAAUAUUUAUAAUAAAUAGGAUAUAUAUAUUUAAGUAUUUUAAGCAUGCUGCUUUUGCAAAUCAUAUGCUUUGUUUCUUUUUUGAUAUAGUAUUGUUGAUUAAAAUUGAUAAAAAAAA